CGAAGCACCGCUUGUGGCACUUGCCCCGGCUCGGUUAACCCGAGCGAAGCAGCUCCUUGGCCAAUCACCUGCCCGGAUUUGAUCACAAACCAUCAGAGCAUCCAACCCGUUUAACAUAGCGGGACCGCGGGCAACCUCCGUACUGGGACGUCGACGAGAACGUAAGCUCUACGAAAAGCUCCAACCUCUCGAACGAGUAAUCGCAAGUCGCCAAUUCGGGCCUCAUCGCCACCGUUCGCGUAUCAAGCAGCCAUGGCGACCAAGCUAACUCCCUUCCUCAUGCGGACGGCCGUCCGGGCGGCGACCCGGCUGUCCACCAAGCCUUCGACAAUUGCGCCCGUCUCCCGCGCAUGCCUCUCCAUUUCGGCGCGGAGGCCCAGCGACACCCUCAUGGUGCACCGCAACACCCCCGACAACAACCCCGACAUCCCCUUCAAGUUCUCGGCCGACAAUGAAAAGGUCAUCGAAGAGAUUAUCAAGCGCUACCCGCCGCAGUACAAGAAGGCGGCCGUUAUGCCCCUGCUCGAUCUUGGCCAGCGCCAGCACGGUUUCUGCAGCAUCAGCGUCAUGAAUGAGGUGGCCCGUCUGCUUGAGAUGCCGCCCAUGCGCGUCUACGAGGUCGCCUCUUUUUACACCAUGUACAACCGCACCCCGGUUGGCAAGUUCCACGUUCAGGCUUGCACUACCACCCCUUGCCAACUAGGUGGCUGCGGCUCCGACGUGAUCGUCAAGGCCAUCAAGGAGCAUCUUGGCAUCAAGCAAGGCGAGACCACUCCCGACGGCCUUUUCACUUUUAUCGAGGUUGAGUGCCUGGGCGCGUGCGCCAACGCGCCCAUGGUCCAGAUCAACGAUGACUACUUUGAAGAUUUGACCCCGGAGACCAUUAAGCAGGUGUUGUCGGCGCUCAAGGAGAGCGUCACGGAUGUGUCCAAGGCGCCUCAGCCGGGCCCACAGAGCGGGAGACAGACGUGUGAGAACGCCGCCGGCCUAACAAGUUUGACGAGCGAGCCAUACGGACCGGAGGUCACGCGAUCGGAUCUUUAAAUCCAGGGGCUUAAUAUUGGGUUAAGUGAGCGGUUAUGGGGCAGAGGUGGAAUUACGAUUGACAGAAACUGUCACAUAGACAGGACAUGGACCAACAGGACAGUGAUGACAGCAAAUGCAUUAGACCGGAGAUGUAUUAAUUUCCCUCAGGUUAUACGGUACAAUAUCUGUAUUUGUUUACUGUGGUUUUCUUGGGGAUGAGCUAAAGAUGACCUGAACCAACCGAAAGGCACAAGCUGAUUACAAAGGCCUUGAUGUCCUUGGUCGAGCUUGGUUACAUAAUGUCCACUUCCUCCACUUGUAGUUUUUUCUCUCCUAUUAACGUUAAACCUUAGGUGUUGGUCACAGAAGACAACAUCAAUGGUAAGCCGAUUCCUGUCUACGCUUAAAAGUCAUCACAUCUCGCUUUCUAACAACCUUAUAUAGUAACUUUGAAGCCCAUAAA